GGGAGCGAUGGCCGACGCCGAGCGGAAGAAGCACGUCCGGUUCGCCGCACCGGGGCACGCGGCGGCGGCGGCAGCGGCGGCGGGGCCGCGCUUCCCCGCCGCGCCGCGCACGGAGGUGGCCGUGGUCAGCGGCGGCUGGCGGUGCGGCCGGGGCGGGGACGGAGCGGUGCUGCGGUGGUGCAUCUCCGGGGCGCUGUGUGCGGCCUUCCUGGGGCUGGGGAUGAGCAUCGCGGUGCUGGGGCCCACGUUCCAAAACCUGGCCGCCAACGUGCACAAGAACGUCAGCGACAUCUACUACAUCUUCGUGGGCCGGUCCCUGGGCUACCUGGGCGGGUCGGUGAUGGGCGGGCUGCUCUUCGACUGCAUGAACGCCCCCCUCCUCCUCGCAUUAUCCAUGUUUGGAACAACGGUUGGUCUGUAUGGGAUACCCUGGUGUAAGAAAUCCCUGCUGCUAACUGUCUUGAUGUCAGUUAUUGGAGCUUCCAUGGGAAUUCUAGACACAGGUGGCAAUGUACUGGCACUGAACACGUGGGGAGCAGAGGCUGGGCCUCACAUGCAGGCCUUGCACUUCAGUUUUGCUGUCGGUGCUUUCGUGGCUCCGAUCCUGGCUAAAAUGGCUCUGGGAGGCUCUGACUCUAAAGACUUUGCAGUCGCUGAAAAGACAAACCAGUCUGUGCUGAGGUCUGUGCCGACAACAUCGGCUGCAUCAGCUAUGUCAGCGCUGAAACACCGUCUUGGUGCAGAUUUUCUGUGGUCCUAUGUUGUCAUAGGCACCUAUCUUCUGUUAGUCUCCUUCUUCUUUUUUAUUUUGUAUUCAAAGAGCAGCUCAGCUCGGGACAAAUCCAAGGCCUCUCUGCAGAAGUGCGUGUUUGCCAAAUACCACUCUGCACUUAUCAGUCUCCUGUUCGUGUUCUUCUUCUGCUAUGUGGGAGCGGAGGUCACGUACGGCUCCUACAUAUUUACUUACGCGAAAGUCUUUGCCGAGAUGAAAGAAAACGAAGCGGCUGCUUUGAAUUCUGUCUUCUGGGGCGCGUUUGCCGCUUGCAGAGGAGUGGCCAUAUUCUGUGCUGCUUGCUUGUACCCUGGCACCAUGAUCCUGCUGAGUAUCGUAGGCUCUGCUGUCUCCUCCUCGUGCUUGGCCUUCUUCGCGAGGUCCCCAGCCUUGCUCUGGGUUGGAACUGCCGUGUAUGGAGCGUCAAUGGCCACCAUCUUUCCCAGCGGCAUUUCCUGGAUAGAACAGUACACAGUGGUGCAGGGGAAAUCAGCUUCUCUGUUUGUGAUUGGUGCCGCGCUGGGCGAGAUGUGCAUCCCUGCUGUGGUGGGCUAUCUUCAGGGCAGGUUUCACCACGUCCCUGUGGUUAUGUACACCGCCUUGGUAACGUCCGCAGCCACCGUGGUGCUCUUUCCUCUCAUGUACAAAUUGGCCAACUCUCCCAGAGAGAGCAGCUUAAAAGAAAGGAGUGAGAGCGAGGACCGGAAAGCUUUGUUGUCAAACGUGGGGCUUAAUGAGGAUGAAGACGAUGAGGAGGAUGCAGGGGAGUGGAAUGAAGCAGACUUUGAGGUCAUAGAAAUGAAUGACACGCUGAGAAACUCUGUGAUAGAGACCUCCCGUAAGAUACCAGGGGACUCUCCAGCCAAAGUCUCUCUCCAGCCCCAGCUGGACAAUGUGUUGUGUGAUUCUCCGGUGGUUGCUGGUGGCUCCCCUGGGAGGAAAAAUGUGAACGCUGACCGGGAGAAGAACGACUGAAGUAAAAGGUGACUGACUUUUUUUGUAAAGGGAAAUGGAACUGAAUUGCAGCUAUUCCUGUAGAGUGGUUCAAGACUCCUUUCACAGUGGCGCAGCGCUCAGCAUGUUCAUUUCUGUGCUUGUCCAGCCCUUUCUCCUCUUUCAUUUUCAGUCUGCAGUGAUGUGGCUCAGAGUGGGGAAGUCCGCAAUGACGUGAAUGGGGUGAUGACAUAAAAUGUAGAGACUAUGCCAAAACUGUUAAAACGUAAGAGAUGUUUUCUAAAUGUAAGGCAUGUAUUGAAGUAGUGCAUGCUGGAAUAAGAACUAGCAAGGAAAGAAGGGGACUGCUUACACCACUCAGGUUUUUUGGGGUGUGGUUCAGAGGUGCUUGGUUCUUGGUCACAGAAUGUUUGCAUGAGAGAGGAGAAAUCCAUUACCUGUGAUGCUGAACCUUCUUACCUUGUGACAGGGGAGUUUCUACUGCAUUGAAUGUUUGUGUGUGAUGUAAACCAGGAAAUCAAGUCAAAUUUCAGGCUGUAAAUUGGACAACCUGUUGGCAAAGGAUAUACUUUCCUGGUUGUGUCACUAAGAUGGGAAAAAACCCUAAAAACCAGUUGUUGGAAGCAGAAGCAUGCCUUUGGGUCAUUUAAAAGCGGGAUAUGGGAAGGGAGAUAAAAUGGGUCCUGUUAAUCACUGUAAUGCAUAAUUCUGAUUUCCUCGUUAAACAGUGGUGACAAAUCUAAAUAGCCUGAAGUACUUGUGAUUGUAAUGACUGCACUGCCACGGGAAUCAACCAGUGUACGAAGAUGAUAAAAUCAUCUGUAUAAGCAGAUUACUUAAUAUAUUGUAUUGAGAUAGGGAUGUGGUAUUUUUAAGCCAGUUGUUUAAAUUAAGGUUCUAAUAACUUUUCUGACUUCCUGUGCCAAGACUUUAUCAAGGGAUGUGUUAAAAUGAGAGCUGGAGACCGAGGGAAUUCUCGACGGGAGGAUCCUUCUGGGUUGUCCUGUACCAUGAUCUCUCACCCCUUGGCAGCUGGCCUGGUGUGUUUGGGUUUUGUUUCUUUGGGUGGUGACCUACAGGUGGACACUUCCCAGUGGAGCAGCAGCGGGGGUUUGUGGGCAGGGAGAGCCCGGUGGUGAGCCCUCACCAGGAGGAGAAGAAACCGCAGCAACUCAUGGCAGGCUCUGCCUCCGAACAGUCUUGCUAUUUGUCUACUUGAAACUCUCCGUAUUUGUAGGUUAUUGUUUUUUUAUAAGGCUGUGUGAUCAGAAUGUGCUCAUGUUUAGGGUCUUUUUACUUUGAUUUUUAAUAAUAUUUUUCUUGCUAAGAAGUUUCACUUAUUAAUGAAGGAGCUCUAGAUGUAACAGCACAGGACUGUAAGUAUUCUGUGUACUUUCAGGUCUGGUUUUGUUCCCUCUCUCAUCUCCAGAGUGUGCAACCUGGAAUCUUGCGGCUUUUUCCCUUCUUCUGCAAAGUUUGUAAGAAGCAGGAAUCAACUUGUAGUGAAAAUGCACAACGGUUUUGCAUCGUGCCGUGUCGCAGGGCCUCCCUCUCCCUCUGUGUUGGCACUGAAAUGCCCUCGUGUUUUUUCCCAGUUUCCCUUUUUUUACCUUGUGUGCUUAUAUGCACUUUUGUGGCAUCUUACCCAGUGCAGUGCAUGAACCUGCACUUUAAAAUAAGGCUUUGUUUCACUUGUUAGGCUCUUCUUUGUUUAAACUAAUGGUAAAUGCUUUUAAGUGUCAGGCCAUCUCCUGCCCUAGGUACAUGUGAGACCAUUUGUUCAACGGAAGUAAGUCUGUGUCACCCUGUGUGUUUUGUUUUAUCCGAGAGCAAAUGGCAGAGGGGGUGACUACAGAGCGCAAUGAAGCCUGAGUGGCUUCAACUUUCCCCUUUUCUCUGCUGCAGUAACUGCUUUGUGUGUAGAAAGUGGGAGGCGUUACCUGAUUGUAAGGACAGGCCCCACUGGUGCACAGGGAGGAGGAAGUGUGACCUGCUCCUGCUCUGCUUUUGGGGUAGUUCCUGGCCUCCCAGGAGGGCAGAGGUCUCCUUUGGCACAGACUGACUUUGGUGCAGGACAAACAAGAAGAGAUACAGGCACUGUUCUGGGGCAGCUCCCUGCUGCUGUCACUGCAGUCCACAGGCUUUACCUGAAUUGACAGCAAUGUGAAAAAGUUUCCCUGUACCUGAGACCAUGUUGCCAGAAGCAAAUUAGUUUGAGACACACCUGGCAACCAGGAAGAUCUUAAAUAAUCCAUACACUGGUUUUUGGAAUGAAAUUCCAAACUGGAAUGUCCUGCACAUAAGAUUGUUCUCAGGGAUAGUUUACACAUCUUCCAUAAUCAAGUACUAAAAAGAACCAGAAUAUGAAACUAAAGCUGCAUUGGGAAAUUAGCUCUUUGAACCUUAUCUAUUUAUUGCAUGUUUGUGUUUCUGACUAAUGUCUUCCCAAGCACUGUAAAAAUACUGUGCAAAACAAAGACUUUAUUUAUUUUUUAUUAUUUGUUUUUAUUAACCUCUGUGUAAAUCACUUGAAUUCAUCCCCACUUUCUCCCCUCCCAGAAGCAGGAAGCCUGUGUGGCAGGAUUGGAGCAACAGCCUGGAAUGCUGAGGCAAGAGCAGCCUUUUGCCCAAAGUUAAGCAUCCAAAAAAGCAGUGUCAGGAAGAGUUGAAAUUCUCUUGACUGGUACCGUGCAGCAUCGCGUCAGAUUGGUACGUGGAGGCCUUUGGAUGAUGUCUAAAUUUUGGGCCGUCUUAGUGAGCACUUGGAGCCUUCACUGUCUUAAUUCUGGCCUCAGCCUUGAAAGGGAAUAUACUUCCAGGACUUGUGCUCCUUGUCCCCUAGCAGCUGACUCUCAAUAGCAGGGGCUGCCCUGUAAUGACAAUGGAAUGUUUAAGCAAUAUAAGAUUAAACCGGAUCUAGGACGUUUCCAGUAGUGAGCCCAACUCACAGCAGUUCAGACAUUCUUGACAUUCAAGGCUGUAGCUUUCCUAGUUUGUGGAUUUUGGCAUUCCUCAAGGCUUGUUUUCAGACACUGAAUGUUAGUUUUCACAUGUUUAAAUUUCUGUCCAAAGUAAAUCGCCUCCUGGCACAUAGAGGUAAAGUGAGGAUCUAUUUACAGUGUGGCUCUAGUUAUGGUGCCUUUUACAUUACAGAUCCUCCAGAAAGCUUGAACACUUCAACUUAGACAGACAUUAUUCUGGGCUGAACUAACUUGAAGCAAACUGUAUUAACUUCACCCUUCCCUUGCUUAUGCUAGAAAAGUCAUCUCUGUGUUGAGGACAAGAGCUGUGGUCCAUGGAUUAGAAAUGUGAAUUUAGUAAGAAAGACUCCUGUUUUCCGUCCAGAAACCCAGGAGCAGGUUGAAGAUGAGCACGUGCCCAUUUGCUCCAGGGUAGAAGGCAAUCUGCAGCUAAGUGUCCUUUUGUCUAUCUUUGUUUGUCCCCGAGGCACUGCCAUAGGGUUAGUCCUGGCACUUGCACUUUGAUUCUGCACAUGAGCAAUGCUAGAAUGCAAGAGCAGGCAGAGUUUUGUGCCUUGAUUUUACUUUUUUUUAGUUACUUUGCAUAAAAAUGCAUUGCAAUCCGUGGCUGUUCUGUUACAUAUUGAAUAGGUUUUAUGCUGCUUGGUGUGGGUUUACACUGUAUGGUGUGCUGUGAAAUUUAAUAGGCUGACUUGUAUCCUGAAUGUAAUAAAUUCUUAACGGGAGAAGGCACUCAGGUUCCUUGAUGUAAAUAAAGUUUUGUUCUAUUUUUCAAAGUUA